AUGCGGUUCACCGAGUUCCAGCCGCCGCUUUGCGCCGAGAUCCUGGCGGAGACCGAUGCUCUUGGCUUUGAAUACAUGACCCCCGUACAGGCAGCUACACUGCCGCUCCUGCUAUCGAACAAGGACGUGUGUGUUGAUGCGUGCACGGGCAGCGGGAAGACGCUGGCCUUCGUCCUGCCCAUUGUGCAGCUGCUCAAGGCGAAGCUGGCAGACGGAAGCAUCACGACGCCACGUCGUGCUGACCUCACGAAGCUCGUGGCUAUGAUAAUCUCUCCCACGCGUGAGCUGGCGCGUCAGAUUUUCGAGUGUGCCGAGAAGUUCUUUGCUAGUGCGUUGCCGAAGGUGCAGCUGCUGCUGUUUGUAGGCGGUACGAGCGUGGAUGAAGACUUGCUGCUGAUCCGGGGAGCCGUGGGAAAAUGCUCUGUAGUGGUUGGCACACCAGGCAGAACGGAGGACUUGCUGAAUCGCUGUGUGGGCUCUAGUGUCGAGACGCGCGAGUUUGAAGUGCUCAUUUUGGAUGAAGCAGAUACCAUCUUGGACAUGGGCUUUGAAGUGAGUUUAAAUAAGAUUCUAGCACACUUGCCUAAGCAACGACGUACCGGGUUGUUUUCGGCCACGCAGACCCAGGAGGUGAAGGCGCUCGCGCGUGCAGGGUUACGGAAUCCAGCGACGAUCUCGGUGCAAGUGGCGAACAACACACAAGUGACACCAUCCACACUGAAGAAUUACUUCUGUUUAGUUGGCCACGAUCAACGACUGUCGGCGUUACACCACUUUGUGCAGACCAAGAAGGAUGAGAAGCUCAUUGUUUUCUUCUCGACGUGUGGGUCUGUCGAUUUCUUUGGACGCGUGCUGGAAGAGUUGUUUAGCGGGCACACGAAGGUUCCAGUUGUGUCGUUGCAUGGUAAGAUGCCGCAGAAGAAGCGGACGACAAAUUAUGAUCACUUUUCGACGCUAAAAGCAGGACUUUUGGUGUGCACGGACGUCGUCGCGCGUGGCAUUGACCUGCCAGACGUAGACUGGAUCGUGCAGUAUGACCCGCCGCAGGAUCCAAACUUUUUUGUGCAUCGUGUGGGGCGCACAGCCCGUGCAGGACGCUCUGGUUGCGCGCUUUCUUUCUUGUCUUCGAACGAAGACGCGUAUGUGAAUUUUCUGAAGAUUCGUAAAGUACCGUGUGAAGAGAUGAUGCUUCCUGUCGACACGAUGGAGGAUGUCCUGCCCAAGGUAAAGUCUAUGAUACUGAAGGACCGGGAUUUCCUUGAAAAAGGCACGAAGGCCUUUAUAUCAUUUGUGCGCUCGUACAAGGAGCACCAAUGCCAGUUCAUCUUUCGCUUCAAGGAGCUCGAUUUGGGUGCUGUAGCUCGUGGAUUCUGUCUGCUGCAAUUGCCGAAAAUCAAUGAGUUGCGUAACGUGCGCAUCAAGUUCGAGAAGACCGACAUAAAGAUCACUGACAUCAGAUUUAAGGACAAGGCCCGUGAAAAAGAGCGUCAGAAGAAGCUUGUCGCUAUUGCAAAGGAGAAUGAAGCUCGCGAUAGAAAGGAUGCUGAGAUGCAAGAGAAGAAACGCAAACGGACGCUAGAGGAAGAGGAUCGGAAGCACCCACGUCGGCGUGAGAAGAAGAAAGGUUUGCACCAGCAAAUCGUCGAGGAAUGGGAGGAGUUGGCCGAGGAAGAAGCACUGUACAAAAAGAUGAGGAAGGGCAAGAUCACGGAGAAGGAGUACGAGAAAUCGCUGCUGGGCAAGGCAGAUGAUUCUGACGAUGACAACGAUGCCGAAGAUGACGGCGAAGGUACAAAGAAGAAAAAGCCAAAGUGGCAACGUGCAGAAGAGAAGCUGAAGGAGCAAUUCCGAAAGAAGGAACAGGUCGUAAAGAAAACUGCAGAGGAGAAGCGUGAGGCUGCAAAGCGCGAGGAACGCAUCCGUAAGCGCAAAAAAUCUCGGCACGUCCAGCGCGCUCUGCAAAGAGCCCAGCGCCGGGCGCGAUGCUAG